ACCCAAGUUCGUUCCAAAAGUAGCAAUCAUCAUCAUGCCGGUGGCGUCGUGAGCCUCUCGCUGCAGGUUCUCCCCAUCCGCUUUCACGUAACUCUUCCGUGCCUCAACGUGUUGCGCAACGCCCCAUAACGAUUAGAUUGGGGGAGAGCCUCUAACGCCUCUGCCCAUCAACCACGACUCCAUCAACCUACUACUACUGGUUCUACGUUAUGAGCAAAGACGGCUCUAGCAAGAUCUUACCCUCUGUUUCACUCGCCGCAGGAGGCGCCGCCGGGGCGGUAGAGGCGGCUGUUACCUACCCGCUCGAGUUCGCAAAGACUCGUAUGCAGCUAGGGACAGUCAAGACGCGCAACCCCUUCAUCAUCAUCAACCACGUCGUGCGCACGGAAGGGCUGCCCGCUCUUUACAAAGGCUUCCCGAAUGUCAUCAUCGGGUCCAUGGGCAAGAACGCGAUCCGCUUUGUCUCCUUCGACGCCAUCAAGAACGUCUGGAAGGACGCCGAGACGGGCGAGCUCACGCCUGCGCGGAGCCUGCUCGCGGGUAUGAGCGCGGGUGUCGUGACGAGCAUCUUCGCCGUGACGCCGACGCAGCGGGUCAAGACUGCGAUCAUCGACGAUGGUGGGGGCGCCCAGAAGUUCCGCUCUAGCAUGCACGCUGCACGCAUGAUGUACCAGGAGCGCGGGCUUGCCGCGUUCUAUUACGGCUUUGGAGGGACAACACUGAAGGCAAUCUCUGCGACGGCUGUUCGCAUGGGCACGUACAACAUCCUCAAGGACUACGAGCACUCGAGGAACAUUCGGCCAACGAUGUCUACGAGCUUCAUGAACGGAGCAAUAGCGGGGAUCGUGACGACAUACGCCACGCAGCCGUUCGACACGCUCAAAACGCGUUGCCAGAGCGCAAAUGGCGCGUCGACUGUGGAGGCGUUCAAGAAUAUCAUGGCGGAUGGUGGGAUAAGGGUGUUCUGGAGUGGAAGCGUGGUCAGGCUGGGUAGGACGAUCCUUAGCGGCGGGAUUUUUGUGGCGGUCCUGAACCCAAUUCUGAGUCUAAAAUAGCAAUC